CCCAAAAUUAGCGCUAUGAUAGUUUGGGCGAUUGGGUUGACUGCACCUGAUGUUGUGUGUCAUUUCUUUAUGAAUUUACCAUGAGAUCCAUAGGUUUGCAAGCUAUCUAAAGAUCACUCGCUCUCAUAUUCGACCAUACAAACCAUUUGGAUUAAAACGCUUAAUUAACGAAGAUGUACAGUGUGAUUACGGCAGAACUACUGGCGGGGAGUUUAACGAUUUCCGCCUUCAUGUGCUUGAUGUUGAUCUCUGGACCCGGUCUAGCAUCUUCAUGCUGCCUUGAUCAAGCACCUAUAUCAGACUGUUCGUUUUCCUACAAUGACAACCAGGUGACGUGUGAAAUACGUGGGUCUCCCGAGGUUCUUUUAAUGGAUACGUGUCCCAAUGGGAACAUCAAAAACGUUACGGAUAUACCUGGGACAGUGACAAACCUGAGAUCUGAUUGGUACUACACAACCUGCUCACCAACCAUUCAUUAUGCUGAACCUCUGGCUGCAUCGUCAUGCCAUACCCGAUGUAACGAUGACAGCGCGACGGUUUAUUUGGGACUUAAUAUCACCUUUCAAGUAGAGGAGUGGAGUUCUGAGGAUUUAGAAACCAUUUCUAUAUCUCUCCGGAGCGGUACUGAUUUUUCGCAACGAUGUAUUCAGUUUGACUUUGGUGUAAAUACACUUAGCAAAGAAGCAGCUGAUCAUCAUCCUUUCUUCUACGAUGGUUUUAUUGGCUUGACACCAGGGGUUUCUUACACUGUAACUGUCUUGGCAAUACCUUCUGAUAAGGAAAGGAAUAAUGUCAUAACUGAAAAAAUACGCAUUCCUCGAUAUUUAAAAUCAUGUUGGAAGCCAGAUCUAGUCGUCCACGACACACCGUUUGCUGCGAACAUAACUCUCUUUGAAGAUAUAAUGUACAACUUCAAACGCUUUGAUGUUACUCUAGGUCUGGAAACGAAGGAAAUCAUUUUAAACACUACACAACUUUACGAGAUCGAUGGAAAGUGGGGCACCAACGUGACCUUUGAAUGUCUACAACCUACAUCAGAAGAACAUUAUCUCUUUAUUGAGCCAAAGGACUGUCCAUAUUGUACCGCAUACACGACUGGAAUCCGCAUCAGAGGGGCACCGCCUUCAUUUAUGGAAUGCCCACGUGAUGAAGUCAUCCACGAAGUACAGCUAGGCAGGUUCUUUGAAGGAGAUAUGGUGAAGGGCAUCAACUGGACAGUUCCUGUGCCGAGCUUCCAAAGCAACUGCCAGUUCGGUAGCAACAGUACUCACACCCCAAUGGAGAGUACCUUCGUAGUUGGUCAGAAAACAACAGUUAGUUACUAUGCGUGGCAGUAUGGGGCUGUGGCUGUAUGUACCUUCUAUGUCCAUGUCAAAUUAGUUGCAGAUAAAUCAGUUUCCUUGGCAUUGGUAAUAGGAGCGUCCUGUGCAGCGGGAACUUUCUUCUUAAUCAUUCUGGGGAUAGGCCUCUACUUCGUCUAUACAAAGAGACGUCGUGGAACCAAUCUAUCAGAUACAAAGGAGCCUGUUGCUACAUAUACGAAACACGGGUUUUGUUCCAUCUCAUCGGGUGAGGAGCACGGUGUUCCAAUAGGUCUUAUUACAAACUAUACAGACAGUCAGUUAUCUGUCAACAGCUCUAAUGUCUACUGUAGCCAGGCUCGGAAACAUCCAGAGAUAACCAGACAUGUAAAACAACAUAGGUCCCUGGAGUCGGAGUGCUACAAAUCACUACCAACCAUAAAUCAUCCAUCUUCAGGAUACAUGAGUGUUACGGAAACAAACUCCGACCAGUAUCGCUAUACCGGAAGAGAGAACUCUACGUUGUUAUGUAGAGAUGACAUUAAUCGACGGGACAGUGAAGAGGGUUUCUCUGAUGGCCAACCUGAUGAUGAUCAGGGGCCAUUGUCAAUGGAAUAUAUCCUUCAAUGAUUGGUUAGUUAGACUGAAGAUCAACACAAUGUCAACGGAUAUAUCUCUUGAUUGGUUAGUUAGACUGAUGUUGAAAACAAUGUCGAAGGAACAUAAUAGAUAGGUUAGUUAUACUGAAUCAGAUGAGAAACACACUGUCAAUGGAAUAUAUAUCUUGAUUGCUUAGUGAGACUGAUGCUGAAAACAAUGUCGAUGGAAUGUAUCUAUUGAUUGGUAAAUUAGACUGAUGCUGGGAAAAAUGUCAAUGGAAUGUAUCUCUUGAUUGGUUUGUUAGGCUGAUGCUGGAAAAAUGUCAAUGAAACAUAUCUACUGAUAGGUUAGUUAUACUGAAUCAGAUGAAGAACACACUGUCAAUGGAAUAUAUCUCUUGAUUGCUUAGUGAGACUGAUGCUGAGAACAAUGUCAAUGAAACGUUAUCUACUGAUAGGUUAGUUAUACUGAAUCAGAUGAUGAACACACUGUCAAUGAAACAUAUCUGUUGAUUGGUUAGUUAGACUGAUGCUGGAAAAAUGUCAAUGAAAUGCAUCUAUUGAUUGGUUAGUUAGACGGAAGAUGAACACAAUGGAAUAUAUCUAUUAAUAGGUUAGUUAUACUGAUGAUGAACACAUGUCAUUGGAAUAUAUCUCUUGUCAACAUUCAAUGAUUUCCUAACUCCAUUCAUAAUUAUCUUCUUUUUUUUAUAGCACAAAACAUGAAUAUCGUAUUCGACAUUCAUACAGGCGGUUAGUAUAUACAUCGGGGUGCGGAAUAUGUAAAUUAAUGUCUUUCAUUGUCUAGUCUAGUAACUUAUUCUGCAUAUAUGAACUAAAUAUACGUUUGUUUUUUUUUAACUUUCCAUGUUAACAGAUAAUAAUCAAUUUUUCAUAUCAGUCUGCCUUUGGUGAUGGUGAAAUAUUAUACACAAUGUAUAUAUUAUAUACAUCGAGGUGCGGAAAAUGCAAAUUGAUGUCUUCCAUUAUCUCGUCUCGUCAAGAACUAUCGUAUAUAAUACAUCGAUAUGCGGAAAAUGUAAACGAAUGUCUUUCAUUGUCUCGUCUAGUAAUUGUCUCUUCUAGAAGUAUCGUAUAUAAAUCGACGUGCGGAAUAUGUAAAUGAAUGCCUUUCAUUGUCUCUUCUAGAAAUAUCGUAUAUAAAUCGACGUGCUGAAUAUGUAAAUGAAAGUCUUUCAAUGUCUCGUCUAGUAAUUGUCUCUUCUGGAAAUAUCGUAUAUAAAUCGACGUGCUGAAUAUGUAAAUGAAAGUCUUUCAAUGUCUCGUUUAGUAAUUGUCUCUUCUGGAAAUAUCGUAUAUAAAUCGACAUGCGGAAUAUGUAAAUGAAUGUCUUUCAUUGUCUCGUCUAGCAAUUGUCUUUUCUAGAAAUAUCGUAUAUAAAUCGACGUGCGGAAUAUGUAAAUGAAAGUCUUUCAAUGUCUCGUCUAGUAAUUGUCUCUUCUGGAAAUAUCGUAUAUAAAUCGACAUGCGGAAUAUGUAAAUGAAUGUCUUUCAUUGUCUCGUCUAGCAAUUGUCUCUUCUUGAAAUAUCGUAUAUAAAUCGACGUGCGGAAUAU